UAAAUUAGUUUUUCUAGGUAUGAUAAGUCUUCAAGUCCUAUUUUUGGCACUUGCCAUUUGUCAUUUUCCAUUCCGUUUCCAUGUAACAAUAAUAUUGCUGUCUUUCUGCACAGCUGUUCACUAAGAAAUAGCUUUUUAAUAGGCCAUAAAAACCCAGCAGGGUGAAUGAGUAGCACUACAAAUCUCCUCCGGGGAAACCCAGUGUCUUAUCAUUGACUUGAAAAAGAUGUCAGAAGCUAUGGUGAAGUUCUUCAUACACAGAUUGAAUUUUCUAUUACUUCAGGAAACUGAAAUCUUCUGUGGAAUUAAACAUCAAAUGGAGUGCCUAAUAACCAAACUUGGGGAGAUUUUAAAGGUUUCUGGUGAUCUAUGCAAUACAAAAGCUGAUGCCAAUGCUUCUCCUUGGACAAAUGUCUUGAGAGAGAUAAUUUGUGACGCAGAUGAUCUGACUGAUGAAUUCAUCAUUCAGAUGGAUCAGCAAAGGUCGUCUGAUAGGUCUGAGUUGACCAAGAGCUUCACAAAUGGAUUGCAGGAAAUAGUAUCUCGCCUUGCCACAACUAUCAACAGAAUGGAAGAACUGAAAUUUUCAACUACUGUCAAAGGAAACAAUGAAACUGAUACGAAUAAGCCUCAGGAGAUAGAAGAAGGUCAGACAUCAGCACAAGGAAAACCAGCCGCCAUAGGUGUAGAGGAGAAAGAUAACAAGGAAAACUCUCCUGAAACUAAAGGAAGCCAGAUAGCAGAAGCCAAAGAUUCAGUGACUAUUGGAGAGGAAGAUAGAAAGGAAAGCUCUCAAGUCCUGAUGAAUUACAAUGAUUUACCUUAUUACCUUCAGUAUUGUCUGAUGUAUUGUUGUAUCUUCCCCGUCAAUCAUCGAAUAAGCAAAGGGAAACUGAUUAGAUUAAUGGUGGCCGAAGGCCUGGCACAAGAAAAGCCAGGGCAAUUACAGGAGGAUACAGCCAAAGAAAACAUCAACGAACUAAUCAACCAGGGAAUACUCCAAGUCAACGAUGACCACAUAGGGGAAAGGGUUUGCUUGACUGUCAACCCUGAUUGCCAUGAGAUCAUUCUCCGCAAACUGGAGGAAGAAAACUUCAUUGCUGCAUGUACCGGUUCACAUUCUGUAAUUCCCCAUAUUGCUCGCCAUGUGUCAGUUUAUUCAAACAUGGAAACAGUGGCGCUCCAAUUAAACAAUGUCCGACCUCGAGGUUUGUUCUUCUUGGGGAGCCAAGAUCUCUCUAGAGAACAUGGGAAUUGGUUAAAUUUCAAUGGGGCAAAAUUUUUACGGAUCCUGGAUCUGGAACGUACAAAGAUCAAGAGAUUACCAGAAGAAGUGGGAGACUUGAUACACCUGACAUAUAUUGGCGUAAAGCACACAGAUUUAAAUGAGCUUCCACCAAGCCUUGGUAAUUUACGAGCCCUGCAAACUUUGGACAUAAAACACUGUGGGGACCUUCCAGCACUGCCACCCGAGGUCCUAAACCUUGCACGAUUGAGGCACAUCAAAAUGUAUAAGAGAAUAAAUGUUGGCGGGGUGAAGCUACCACCAGGAAUUGAGAGGCUGAGAAACAUUUUGAGCCUCACAGGUAUACAUUCUGGCAGUGGCACUGCACAAGAAUUGAGUAAACUGAUUCAUCUCACAAGAUUGGGAGUAUUAGAUGUGGCUGAAGAGAAUGUUGGUGACCUCUUUGCUUCUAUUAUGGUGAUGCAGAGCCUUCUGAGCCUAUCUCUAGAAGCAGAAAACUUCAUCAAAGGAACACUUGUCCUUUUGGAGUCAUUCCUUCCCCCACCACUUCUUGAGAAACUUCGACUCGAAGGACGUCUAGAAAAGAUACCCAGUUGGUUUAGCUCAAUGGAAAGGCUCACGAAGCUUAGAUUGGGUUUCUCUCAUCUGUCUGAAAACCCAGCAUUGGUACUUCAGGACCUACCUAAUCUGAAAAUAUUAAUCCUGUGGAAUGCUUAUGAUGGAAAAAAGUUGGGGAAAGAAUUCUGCAGGUUUGGGGGAUUCCCCAAGCUAGAAAUUCUCACCAUUGCUUCACGUUUCUUGGAAGAAUGGACAGAGAUAGAAGAAGGAGCGCUACCAGGCUUGCAGUAUCUCCACUUGCGUAACUGUAUGAAUUUGCGGGUGCUCCCGGAAGGACUGCAGUUUGUGACCACAUUGAAGCACCUGACAUUAAUACCUUUACUUGAUGAGCAUGCAGAAAGGUUGAAACCUGAUGGAGGAGAGGAAAAUUACAAGAUCAGGUCCAUUCCACAGAUAUCAUACAUGCCUAUGUCAACUCUGCAAGAGUUAUUUCCAUUACCACCACCAUGCACACCUGCUGAGAAGGGAGAUAAGCUGGGUUGAAGAGAAGAAGUUUUAGCCUUUAGGAAUUUUGUUGAACCAAUACAUUCUGAAUUUCAGAGAUUUGAGUUUGGAUGUACAUGUGUGUGUGUAUCUGUUCUCAAUAUGUUGUUUGCGUGAAAAAGCUAAUUUUAGCACAAACUUGGAUUUCAUAAAUUACAAAUACAUUAUCUGAUAA